UGGCCUAAACUCGGACUGUUAGACCCGCUUGCAUAGAGGCUUCCCACCUUACUACAUAAUAAGUUGGGCCAAAACCCAUCGACUAGUUACAAGAGUAUUACUCCCAGUAGAAUCAAACUUAGUAGGUCUGAAUCUAUAUAAUUUGGCCAUUGAGAGAUUUACCACUAGAUUAGUGGUUCAUUUUAACUUACUUUCUUUCUUUGGUUCAUGUGAAUUAUAUCUUUUUAGAUGAGGACUAUUUGCACCCCUCACUUGACUAAGCACACUCCAUUCUAAAUAAACCUCAGCCUAAAAUAUAAUAUUUAUGAGUACACCCCAAUUUCAAUUUUUUUCUAAAUUUACCCGUCUACACCCCAUAAUUUCAGCCGUUGAAUCUUAUCAACGGCUGAGAUUAAAAAAAUAAAUAAAUAAAAAUAAAACCCUAACCUUACAACCCAUCCUCCGCCGCCGACAAAUUCCUUUCCACCUUCACCUUCCAAAGCCGGCCCCAUCCCUCAAGGCCUGCACUUUCCUCCCUAGGUUCUCCACAGAAGAUAGGCUGAUGGGCAUCAACAGAAACCAAAAGAGAAAUUCUUUGUAUCAACCCAUCAAAGGUCUCAAGCAUUUGUCAAUUUCAACCUGGUGAAGGGCCUCUUUUUUCUGUUCGAAGCUUUGAAACAAAACCAUAGUCCUCUUCACCUCUUUUAGCACAUAAAACAUCUCCUCUAGGACAUCUUUGGGUGGUUCUUGCUUAGAGAUUUCCUCAAGCUUUGCCUCUUCUUCAGAAUUGACAGUCUUGAUAACUGACAUGGCUGCUUCAACUUCUUCAAUGGAGGGUCUUGGAGGUAGUGUUUUGUAGAUACCCAUAAUUUCUUCCACUGUUUCUAUAAAAGCCAGUGAUGAGUGCCCUUGCUUUGAUAUUAUAGCCACGGCUAUGGUGGUUUUGGACCAAAAGGGGAAACUUCGAAGGGAAGAAGGAGAAAGAAGGGAUGGAGCGUCAAUUACCACAAAAAUUGAAAAAUAAAAUGGGAAUAAAAUGGCCAGAUGCUGUGCACUACAGAAAUAAAACAUGUAAUGAAGAAAACUGGGAAUAUCAGUGGGACAGGCAUGGAAAAUGCUUUGACGAACCCGAUCAACCCUGGUUUUUUUUCAAGUUUGUUUUGGAUCUUGCAGAGAGUGUUGACAUCCUUGGUAUCCUUUAUACAAAAGGACUGGUUCCCCAUGAAACUCGAAAAUAUCGUGCACUUGACAUUGGAAAAGCUAUAACUGAGUCCCUGGGAGUACAAGUUACAGUUUAUUGCAACAGAAAUUUUCGAGGUUACUCACAAUUUUACGAGGUUCGAAUAUGCUACCAUAAGAAUGUUACUCUCAUGCCAUGCCGAAUGGAUUUUUCCAAUUGCUUGAGAGUGCGAGAGAAUGUUACAGUGUGGCCUCCUCCUUUGCAAGCAACAUGAAUUGAUGAAAAUAACAUUUUUCUUCUUUUGUCCUUUUGGCCUCUUGUACAUUGUAAUAAGCUAUCUGUUCUGGGUCACGUUCGAAAGUUUAAUAAAACAGAGAUUGUUGUCAUAUGUUUAGCUUAUAGAGUGCAGUUUUGAACCAUGUUUUCUUUAGAUAAGUUGCGGAUUGUCAAUGUUUAUCAGUAAACAUCUCUGGUGUGUAUUCAGAGAUGAACAAAAAAGUUUUGGUUGCGAUAUGGUGAAGUUGA